GGUUCAUAACUGUACUACCCGUUCGAAUACAGAGAAAAAUGUGUCAUUUUUCCGAAAGAUAAGACUCGUCAAAAAGCAUGGAUACAUUAUUGUCGCAGAAGGGAUUUUGUUGUGACAAAUCAUAGUAGAAUGUCAUCUUCGCUAGCCAAGGGUGACGAUCCACUCUGCUACUCUUUUCACCCUUGGCAGAUCGAGUCGACUUUCGUAGGAGAUACGAUCUGUUCUUAGAUUGGACGCAGCUACGCAUAGCUGAUCCAAUCGCAACGCUUGUAUCAUCAUCUCGUAAACAAAUAUGGCUGCGCCCAUAGACGUAUGUCGUGUUUGUAAUGACUGUCUGCCUGUCAAACACAGACGCGUGAUUUUUGGCGAAACCUUUGGCGUUUUUCAACAGUUGACACAAGUUUUAGAUUAUAGAGCCUCUCCAAACGAUGGAAUUUCGAAAUACGUAUGUGGGUUUUGCUUUACGAAGCUUAAUAAACUGUGCAAGAUUGACACUGAUUUGAUUCACAAAAUGGACUCUCUCAGGAGGGAAAAGAGUGAAGUGUUAGGAAUUUUAAGGGAGAAACAUUCUAAAACGUUACAACUGAUCAAAGUAAGAACCCCAAAGUCCCAAGAUAAACGAACAAUAGUGCAUUCACCAACUCCAAGGAAAAGUAAAAGAACGUUAUUUUCCACCCCCCAGAAAAACGACUUCGGAGAAAGUCAUGCCAAAAUCAGUUUACAAAAGGCAGAUCAGAUGGAGAUACCAUGUGUAGAAACAUUAAAAUCAGCUCCAGAAAAUCAGAAAGCCAUGUCUAUUACCGAGCUUGGGUAUCCAAAUGCUCGUGCACUGCUGAAUGACGAUGCGAUCCCCGACGUUCCCUGGGCAACGAACAAAGAAAGUACUACUAGAAGUAACAAAUCAUCGAGGCCAUACGGGGCGUAUAGAAAACGACGAAGAUUAGAGGUUUUGGAAGAAUUGAUGAAAGAAGAAGAAAAUAUUGAUGCUGGAAAUGAGUCUAACAAUUUACAAAACACAUCAGCGGACAUUUUAAAAAACACAUCAGCAGACAUUUCAAAAAACUCAUCGGCAGACAAUUCAAUAAGCAUAUCAGCGGACAAUUCACAUGAACUGCGAGAUGAGACAUCACAUGAACUGCGCAAUAGCACAUCAUCAGAUUCUUCAACUUUUGAAAGUAACAGUUGUACCGCAGAUAAGGCAGUGCAGGUUUUCAUUCCUGACAGAAGCUCUAAAGUAAAGAACCGAACAAGAAGAAUACAAACAGGAAGGUCAUAUAUUGACGUUAAGACAACCGAUUCUCAAGUCCAAUGUGAUGAAGUGCGCCUGUGUUGUAAUUGCCUUAAAAGUAUGGAAUCCAAUGGAGGUAUAGAAUCCGUGAAAAGUGAAGAUCGUAGCACAUAUAUGAUAUUUUAGAGAUUACAAAUUAUGAAAAAGAGUGGAAUGCAAUUUGAUAUCGGCUAUAUAGCAUCAUUUUGAGUACAUCGGAUACUUUUUAACCAAAGUCUUCCCCAGUUGUGCAAUUGGAUAUAAAGCUGAUGAGCGGAAACUAUUAACCGAGAACUGAACUUGUGAACAGGAGAGACAUCGGGCAAAUAGGCACGGAUUUUAUUUACAACAGAUAAAAUUACUCUCUUUCCUUCCCUAGAACAUGCCUGGUCCAAUGUGUGAAUUUAAUAAAAGCCAAAUACCUACACAAUCUGUAGAGUAUAGAAUUAGAUUUCGUUUGAAUAAAAGAGGCAAAAUUA